AUAGGAGGAAGGGAAAAAGAGACCCUUUUUCAUAUUUCGGGCCCUCCCUUUUCUUUCUCUCUCUAAAAAUAAUAAAAGACGCAAAAAAGAUCCCCAAUUUUCUCUACUUUGAAUCCGAAAUAAAGCGAAAAAAAAAGGGAAACGGGAAUCCAUCGACUGAUCGUUUUUUUCUAUUUGUCAUCCAAGCGUCUAUAAACCGAAUAUAGAUUGAUAUCAAUCGGUCAUGGUGAGCUGGUAGUAUUUCGGGUGGAAUUGAUUGAAUGUUGUUUCCUUGGAGACAGAUUUGACACCUUUCCUUUUUUUCUACGAUUUCCCCCUUUUUAUCUUGAGGGGAUUGGGGUGAUUUAAUCCUUGUAGCUGUUGGUUAGAGUAAGGGUUUUAGUUCGUUAUCGAUGCCGGAUAAUUGGCAGGUUCAGAAUAAUGCUGUGUCCACUUCUUCUAAUGCCUCGGCCGAUAACCUCGAAGAUGCCAUGCGGCGCUUGAAAAUUCAGCCCCAUGAUAAUCAGGAGGUUGUUGCUGCUCACUCAAACCCUUAUCCAGAUCGUCCAGGUGAACCUGACUGCAUAUAUUAUUUAAGGACAGGGUUAUGUGGUUAUGGAAGCAAUUGCCGUUUUAAUCAUCCUGCUUAUGCUGGACAGGCUGUUCAAUACAGAGGAGAACUUCCCGAAAGAGUUGGACAACCUGAUUGCCAGUAUUUUCUGAAGACAGGAACUUGUAAAUUUGGAGCAACAUGUAAAUAUCAUCACCCACGUGACCGGCAUGACGCAGAUCAGGUUCUACUGAAUGUUUUAGGACUGCCUAUGCGUCAGGAAGAGAAAUCAUGUCCAUAUUACAUGCGAACUGGGUCUUGUAAGUUUGGAGUGGCUUGCAAGUUCCAUCAUCCUCAACCUGUAACACUUGGACCUGCAUUGCCUGGAACUGGAUCUGCUGCCUAUGGAUCUACAGGUUCAUCAGUAGCUCCCCCAUCAGGUGUACCCUAUGUAAGUGGACUUCCAGCUUGGUCUUUACCACGAGCACCGUACAUUUCUGGUCCCCGCAUGGAAGGUCCCCAGGCCUACAUGCCUGUUGUUCUUUCACCCUCCCAAGGCAUAGUACCUGCACAGCAAGGAUGGAACACUUAUACGAGCACGAUGAGCCCCAUAUCUUCUAGCAGUGUUCUUGGAUCCAAUCUUGUCUACAACUCUAAACCACAGGCACAGGGUGAAUCAGGUUCAAGUGGGCAAGUGCACUUGGUAUCAACAUCUGUUACAAAUUUCCCUGAGAGACCUGAUCAGCCAGAAUGCCAGUAUUACAUGAAGACUGGAAGCUGCAAAUUUGGAUCCACUUGCAAGUACCAUCAUCCGAGAGAGAGGAUUGCUCCCUUAGCUACAAGUACUAUAGGCCCACUUGGACUUCCCUUGAGACCUGGCCAGGCUAUAUGUACAUUCUACAAUCUAUAUGGAAUCUGCAAGUUUGGUCCAACGUGCAAAUAUGAUCACCCAUUGGCGGGAUAUUACAAUUAUGGCAUGGGCCUGCCGACUCUUUCCAUAGCAGCAGCAGAUCCUACCAGCUUCCCUUACCAGAGAAGUUCACCAAUGACCCGGUCUUCAGAAACUUCUCCCUCCAAGUCAUCAAGGUUGCCUGACCGGAAGCCUGAGGUUACUAGUACCAAACAUCAGAACUCAGAUACAAAGCCACUUGAACCACAAGCGACCUCCCCAACCCAGACUUCUCCAACGUCUUCAGAACGUCCACACGAUCAAUCUGAUUAAAUCUUUUCCAUUGAUCUUUCUAUUUUUGUGCUUAGAUCCUUUGCAAGGAAAAUUUUCGCAUGUGCGCCUCGCUUUCCCCCUUUUCACCUGCAAAUUCUGUGGAGUGGGCUAGGCUACAAAUUCACAUGGUGGGUAAAGGCAGGAGGCAUGGAAGGCUUUUCUUUUUUGUGGUGAAUAAAAUGCAGGUGAAAAAUGUAUGUCUCUUCUUUCUUUAAAUUCUUUCUUUUUCCACAGAUUAUAUUUAUUUGGCUCCAUAAAGAGUUUGUAGCUGUUUGAUAUGGUGGUAUGGUGAAGGAUGAAAGAGAUUGGCAUGUUUGCUACUGCCACCUUUUCCUUUCAUAUAUUUUUCCCCA